GAGUUCUCCCUCAUUUCCUCCUUUCGACCCUUCCUCCCCCCCCCGUAUCUCGCUGCUCCCUCUGUUUCACGCACAGCUAUCCUCCGUCCUCUUUCUCUCUCUCUAUCGUCUGCUGAAUUUUUGUUCUUUUCAUGUGGGCGUAUCUCUCCUUGUAAAACCAGUUUUCACGAAUUCAUACAUCUCUCUCUCUCUCUCAAAAUUUUCUCUUACUUCAUGUAAAACUCAAUGAGAUCCUUGCCUGUUCAUCCUUCACUCAUAUAGAAAAUCCAAUAAGCCCAAAACCAUUGAAAUAAGCUUCUAUAUUUCAUUAUGCCAUCGAAAUCAAAACCGCCUGCUACUGGUUCUCCCACUACUCCUCCUUCAAGUUAUCGAAAACCCACGCCUGUUUCAGCUGGAGAAGAAGGAGAAGGCCUCCCUUAUGCCCCUGAAAACUGGCCUGAAAAGGGAGAUAAUUGGUUUUGGAAGGUUGGGAAAAGGAAGAACAGUAGUGGGGUUUACGCUGAUAGGUAUUUGAUCAUACCCAAGAGGUUACAGGAAAAAAAGGGCAAAUUGUAUUUUGCUAGCAAGAAGAGAGUUGUUGAGUUCCUUAAAGCUGAAUUCCCCAAUGUCAAUGUUGAUGAUUUCUUUGCAUUGUUCGAAUGGGGAGUGCCCGCCCCAGAUAAAAAUCCACAAAAAGGUGGUAAAUCUCUUGAGAAGUUGAAGAAGGAACUAGGUGCUACUGAAAUCAACGAGACCAAGUCACCAAAGAUCAUUGGUGGUUGUAAAGCUAAAAACAGGGCAAAGGAGAUUUAUGCUUUUAGGGAUUCGGAAAAGGAAACAAAAGCAAUUGAAAAUGGAGGAUCAGAGAUUGAACCAGCUGAUUUGGUUAUGCAUUAUGAAGCUAAAAACAGGGCAGUAGGGGUUGCUAAUACUUGUGGUGAAUCAGAGAAAGAAAAAAAUACUGAAAUUGGAUCGAUAGACGUGGUUAUGGAAGAUGAAGUACAAAACAGGGUGGAAAAGAAUGGUUCGUCUGAAAUUCUUGGGAAAACCGAGGCCACUGAAAAUACAGAAGGUGGGUUCACAGGUGCCGCUACUCUUUGUAAAGCUGGAAACAGGGAAUGCUCUUCUCAAUUAGCGGGAAGUUAUUUUAUGAAAGCCAUGGAUUGUAAUAUAUGUUGCCGUGAAGUUGGGAUUUGUCGGGAUUGCUCAUGUGUGCUUUGUGGAAAGAGUAUAGAGCGUGGCUUAGGAGGUCACAGUUUUAUUAGAUGUGAAGCAGUGGUGAGAAAGGAGUUUGUUUGUGGUCAUGUUGCUCAUUUGGAGUGUGCUGUCCUUUGUCAAAUGGCUGGCACAGUGAGAAACGCUGGUUUGGAUGUGGAAUACUAUUGUAGACGUUGUGAUAACAAAAGAGAACUCUUUUCGCAUGUUUCUGGGCUUCUUCAAUAUAGUGAAUCGCUUGAUUCUCGUGAUGAAAUUGAGAAAAAUCUCAAGUUGGGUGUUCGGAUCUUGUGUGGGUCUCGGCAAUUUUGUGCAAGGAGUUGGCUGAAAAGUAUAGAAUUGGUCUUACACAAGCUAAAAAAUGGAGCUAAGCUUAAAGGCUUGUGGGAUUUAGAAGACAGUUCACUUGUGAUGGUUGAAGGGAUCGAUCAUAUACGGAACAGUCCAUGCACCAAGACAUUGCAGUUGGAAUCCAACUGCCAGAUUCCAAUCACACAAAGUGGGACAUCCAUGUCAGGAACACAGAACCAAACAACUGGGGAAAAAAGGGUGAGCACUGAGAAUUUGCAAUUGGAAUCCAAGUGCCAGAGUCCAGUCACCAAAAGUGGGACGCCUGUCUCAAGCACACGGAAUCGAACUUCUGGGAAGAAGAGGGUGAGCACUGAUAAAAGGAUACGAAGGUAGAGAGACAUGGAAGACAUGGUCCGCCUGUAAGGAACAAAGCAACCAGCCUUAACUUAGGAGGUACCGAAAUCCAUUAUACAUAAACCAUGUGCGGUCAAAAUACAUAUACAUGAAUAAUGAAUCGUUCACAAAGUGGAAGAGUGCAUAGUCAAGGCUUCAAGUCUCCUUGCGUAGAAGCAUAACUGUUUGGUUGCAGUGGCAGUUCAAAUUGCUGCCAAUUUUGUUGACUAGUCCAGGUUUUGUAAUUCUUGGCUAAUUUUUUAGGCACGAAGUUAAGAAAGUGAAAUAGAGAGAAAUGAUAUUCGACUGUAUAUUUGUUUUGGUUGAUAUUCUAUUUGUUUGGCUAAUGGUCACAAAGUUUAGACAUAGAAAAAACCUAGGGCGUCAUUGUUUGGGGGAACUUAUUUUUUCAGAACAAAUAAGUCCCUAAUUCUGUAGCGAUCUCGUGUUUCAUGCACAUGAAGAACUACAAUUU